AUGACACAGUCAUGGUCUCAAGAAGAGUUGAAUGUUCGACGAAGAGUGGUUCAAUUUUUUAAAACUAGAGCAAAAAAACGAAUUAUGGCUUCUUUUAAAGCUGUUGAUCCAAUUGAACAGCCUAAGAAUGGUAUUUUUGUUUCCUGCCUUUAUUGGUAUGAUAAGAAAACACAAUGUGAUAAAUGGUAUUUCACUUCAACGGAUUACAUAAAUUUACUUGAAAGUCUAACAGGAAUUAGACUUACUUCAGAUGAAAAGAAUCGAAUUCGUCGUAAUCUUGAAGAAUAUAGACCAAUAACGGUUGGUAAAAAUAAGAAUGAUAGUGAUGAAAUAUAUAAAGAUUUGAUGUCCUAUUCAUUUGCAAAACCAAGAAAUGCGGAAAAGGACAUCAAACUUUAUGAAUGGAGGCACCUGUUACAUGCCGUAGAAAAAAUUAUUAACAAAUAUGGUAAAAAAAAAUAA